GCCCCCUCCCUGUUACCAGCACUCGCUCCACCCCCUCCCUUCAAUCAGCACCCGCUCCACCCCCUCUCGCCCAGCACUCACUCCGCCCCCUUCCGACCGGCACUGUGGCGCCGCCUUCCAAGAGCCCACGACUAGCCCCCGCCUGCGCCGCGCCGAGCCUCCCGCCUGUCGUGCUACAGUCGGCAGCGACGGCCACGCCCCCAGCUGUCGCUCUAGCAGCGGCGGCCACGCCCCUUGUGGGCGGUCACUUUGAGCUCAGCAGCAGCCGACUCUUGGCCCGGGCGCGGCUCUUACUGCUGCCCGUCGAGGCCCGGAUGGAGCGAAAGAGGAAGAAGAGUACGGCGUCUUUGGACGCGUUCGACUCAGACGACGAGGAUGACCCCCAGGGUCGACUCAGUGGUCAGUCGAGCUCAUGUAUGGACACAGCGGACAUGGACGGGAGGCUCCCCAGCUUGAGCCCCAUGACCCGGCAGAACCACAGCGAGAUCGAGAAGAGGCGGCGGGACAAGAUGAACACGUACAUCUCCGAGCUGUCCGCCCUCAUUCCCAUGUGUAGCGCCAUGAACCGCAAGCUGGACAAGCUUACCGUGCUACGCAUGGCGGUACAGCACAUCAACUCUCUCAAAG